CUCGACCAAAAAACGUGAAUAAUAUGUCCUUGGAUAGCCUUUGAAGUCUAUUAUCUCAAUUGAGUGGUCUUUGUUCGAGGAGAGAAGGCUUAUCUUACAAAAAUCGAGCUGGAACGAGCAGAGGUCUGUGAACUCGAGCUGUGAGAGUGCUGAGACUGUUUGGUCGAUAUCUCGAGUUUUACAAAUCCAAUUAAGGCGUGUGAGAUACCCACAGAAAGCUCUCAAGACGAGGAAUCCGUGAAGGUCUGGUUUGCAGGAAUCGGAGUUGUGGAAGGCUACCAAAUCGUCCGAGAAAAACGCAACCUCGCAGGAGAGGAUUUAAUCCUCUAAAGAAUCGAGUUAGCCGGAAAACACCCGUUCUAGGGGCUGUUUUCGUAUCAACGAUUAAGGGUUGAACUAGCACUUUGAGGAGGCUGUUUAACACUCAUAUUUGAGCAAGGAAUCAGUUCCAAAUCCACCUUGACCAAAGCUUUGACCAUUGGACCAAGAAGGGAAAGUUUAAAGCUCAAUUGAGGUUGAGGCUAGAGCUUGCUUCCUGUGCUCGUUGCCCGAGUGAUUUCCCCGGAGAGAAGACUUGGUUCGUGCUUCCUCCAUUCUGUUUUAGAACAUUAAUAAACAUGCUCAUGGAUAUUUUACUUUAGAGCCUGCGUGUUCGUGUUUGCCCUGUGUGGCCCUUUUGUUUUAAACAAUGUUUCCGCUGCGUAUUCAAUUGUUUAUUAUGUAUGUUUAUGGAUGACUUAUGUGUGAAUGAUAUUCAUGACGCCUUGUAUAAUAGGAAUGUGUUGGAUUGCGGUUGACUAUUCGUAUUGUACGGCGGGUUGUUGACGUGUCCGGGGAGGUCCGGGGCGUGACACAACCACACAAUUUUUACUUUAUUAUUCCUCGUGCCGGUCAAACAUGGCAAAGUUAUUAGGGACGGAGGGAGUAUAUUUCUUUGUGUUGAUUUAGUUGAUUUAUAAAUACUAAACAUGAAUUCAAUAUUAUUGAAUGAUUGAGUAAAAUGAACACGAGAAAUUUAAUUAAUGCCGAUGUUCUAACUAAUUCCCACAAAACUAUAAAGGGGUCGUAUUUUUAAAAGUUAAAAUAUAAAAUUUACUUAUGUAUUAAUAUUUUUAUGCUUUAUUGUUUUUAUAAUAUUACUUUAAUUGUUGACACCGCUGAUAUUACAGUUUGGCUCCGUCCCUGGUACACCGUCUCCUUCUCAACCGUCAUCCAGCAUGCAGCCACGUACACCGCUGUCUCCUUCUCUGCUGCAGCGAGUUCAAGGAAUCCCACCUCUCGAUUCCUCCCGCUUAUUUAACAUGCCAGCGCCCUUCGCCUGGACACCAACGACGACUCUCCCGCCGCCUCCUGUUUUUCCGGAAAUUGGCAGUACAUCAACACCAUUCACCGGCCCUACCUUUUCUGGCGAACCGGAUGUAUCUCUUCUGCCGCAGCUCGGGUCACAUAAUCUGCCAGGUUUUAAUAAUUCCUCUACUGCAUUAUCUUCUCUGGCAUCUCAAUAUUGUGACCACCCGGUUAUCUUCAGUUGAAGAUUAUUUGCCUUGGAGGACCCAGUUUGAAUCAUUCUUAUUAGUUUCUCACAGUUUAUUGGGUAUUAUCGGUGGGUCAAUUUCGGCCCCUUUCCCUACUACAUAUGAUUUAUCUCGUCGUGAAAUUCCCAAUAUUGAGUAUAGUUACUGGCUAAAAAUUGAUCAAACUGUGCGGUCAUGGCUCUUUGCUACUCUUGGCCGAGAUGUUCUCAUGGAAGUUUAUGAUUUCAAAUUUUCACAUCUUAUUUGGGAGAUACUCCAAAAAACGAUUUAUGUCUGCUUGCAUCUCUCAAUCCAUAGAACUGAAACGCUUGUUAUCUCAUAAGAAAAAGAAGAACUCUCAAACUAUGGAUCAAUAUCGAUCUGUUAGAAAUUAAAAUUUUAGCAGAUAAUUUAGCAUCCAUUAACUCUCCAGUCAGUGCUCGUGAUUUAAUUGAGUAUGCCAUUCUUGGUUUGGGACGCGGGUAUGAAUCUCUUAUCACAACCAUUGAUUACAUGUCGUGGGUUCCUUCCCUGGAGGAUCUUCGUCCCAUACUGGCCGCACAAGAGCAGUGAAAUUCCCUGCUUCAAUCGCAGGAGGCAACACCUGUGCAUCAGGCAUUCGCAGCACCUCAGAUUCAUGCAGUCCGAGGGGGUGCUCCUCGGGGUGGUGGUGGUCCACCGCGUGGUCCUGCUGGUCGCGGUCAGCGAGGAGGGUGAGCUAGAGGGGGUCGAGGCCGAGGUGGCCGGGGGUAUUAUCAGCAACCAUAUGGGGCAGCACCUCAACAGUAUGGUGUGUAUCCUGCACCUCCGCCCCAUGGAGUGUAUCCGGCUCAGCCAGUUCCAUAGCAGCCGCGGGCACCUGCAUUCACUGGGGUCCCAGGUUUGGCGUUGUGUAAUAUUCGUUCUGGUAGUAACCCUGGCCUAGGCCCAGGCCCAGCCAAAAUACACAGCAACCGACCUAGUGCCCUGACUCCGCCAUGUCUACUUUUAUAGCCGUACGUUUGUCAUGUCCAACACCAAUAAAAUCCAAUUAAUUUUAUCAUAGAAAUAAUUAAGUAUAUGUGCUUUAUAAUAAGUAACUAAUAUACGGAGUACUCCGUAAUAUUUUGUUCAGGCGUGGCCGAGUUAGUCUUUGUACUGAAAUCUCCAUAUACGAUUUUAUUACUCGUAUAUAAUUAUAAAUAUUUCUUAAAUUUUGUGAAUAUUGAUAGCCUUCUUAAUAUAUAAAUUAUACAAUAAC